AGCAAAGAGCGAAUAAACAAACAAUGUAAAAAGUGAAAAAGCAAAAAAAAAAAGUACAGAAAAAAAUGUCUCAAAAGCAAGAAAAUUCGUCGUUUCUGUUCAAAAUCCUCCCGCUCGUCUUCGUGGGUCUCUCAGUGCCUUUAUCGACGUUCUUCUGGAUCGGAAAUAUCGCCCUCAACAAACUGGGAGUCUUCACGAAUGUCUACGACGAGGAUCCAACGCACAUCACGCCCUUCCGUUGGCUCAUUUCGUUCAUGUUGCCUUUGGCUCUCAUGGUUGUCGGCUAUCGGCGCAAAGGUGUCAACAAAUCCGGCGCUCUUUUGGGCUUCGUUAUGGCUGUCAUCCUCACAAUCGCCAAUCUCGGCUUCCUGAUUUGCCUUGCCGGGUUCUUCUUUUCGUCGACAUACGCGACAAAGUACAAAUCCAAGCACAAGGAAAAGUUGGAGGAAGAUCACAAGGAAGGCGGACAACGAAAUUGGCUUCAAGCGUUGUGCAAUGCCGGCAUGGCGACGCAACUGGCUUUGCUGUAUCUCCUGGAUUGCGGAUCUGGCGAACGCCCCAUUGACUUUAACGAGCUUUAUCGCUGCUCGUGGCUCCAAAUUGCCGUGAUGAGUGCCUUUGCGUGCUCGAAUGGCGAUACGUGGGCCAGCGAAUUGGGCACUGUGAUGGCGCGCGGCGAUCCUUACUUGAUUACGACACGAAAACGCGUUCCUCGAGGCACAAAUGGAGGCGUUUCGAUGCCCGGAUUGGUUGUUUCUUUCCUCGGCGGACAGCUAAUUGGCGUCGUUUUCUUCCUCAGCAUCUGCUAUUUUGCCGAUAUGAACACAAUUUCGCGUGACGUACCCCAAUGGCCUCUCAUUUUCGUCGGAGGUAUUGCCGGAUUGUUCGGAUCUUUGGUUGAUUCGUUGCUCGGAGCAACGUUGCAGUAUUCGGGCAUCGAUCAAAAUGGACAUAUUGUCGAGAGACCCGGCAAAGGCGUACGAAAUAUCGCAGGACGACGCAUUUUGGAUAAUCAUAGCGUGAAUUUGAUUUCGAGCAUCAUCACAGGCAUCGUUAUGCCAUCCAUUGCGAAGCAUUUUUGGAAUUUCUUCACAUAGUGCGAGACCUUUUUCGAGAUUUUUCCUCUUCUUUCAACGCAAACCAGUGAUUUCUUUUGUUUUCCUGUUAAAAAUAUAGUCUGAAGUUUGUAUUAGUUGCUGUUAUUUGGGUAAAAAGGUCAAGUGAUCAUCUAUUUUUAUACAAAUACAUACCUUUUGUUACUAAUAAAGUUUUUUUU